CAAGAAGCAAAGCACUUAAUUUCAAUUCCGACUUCGUUUCUUCGUCCGCUCUCUCUCUCUCUCUCGCACUCUCUCACUCUCACUCACUCCGCCUGGUCGCUUCUCACAGUCACAGUACCGUUGUUGUGGUUUACGCUGUUUCUGAUGAAUUUUACAUCGCUGCGAUGCUCACGCCUCUGAUAUUCGCUAACCGAAUUCCAUUUCAGCUCAAAUAAAUACCUGUACACAUGACAGGUGCGAGCUUGUCUCCAUUCCCCUUUUCUUUGACUCGAAGUUUCGUCCCGCUUGGUCCCUGAUACUGAUGAGAAUUGCGAGCUGCCACUCCGCCGUUUUCGCCGAUAUUCACCCACGCCGUUUACACAAUGCAAAACCCCAAUUCCGGUGGCGAUCAAGACCAUCAAACCCAUUUCAAGUCACCAACAUCGAAGCGCAAUACCCAUAGGAGACGACCUGUAUUCAAAGUCCAACCAGGGCAGAUCGCCUUUCGCCUUGUUUGCCACACCUCCGUUGUUGGCGGUUUGAUCGGCAAUUCCGGCACCAUCGUUUCCCAGCUCCGGCGUGAAACUUCCUGUAAAAUACAUUGCAUGGACCCGAUUUCCUCUACGGAUGAUCGGGUCAUUCUCGUAAUCGGCUCGGUUUCGCCACGUAAAGUUAUCAAAUUGGUCGGAAUUGCGGGCGACGAUGAUGGCUGUGAAACAGAACUUGAGGUUUCGAAUGCUCAAGAAGCUAUUCUUAGGGUUUUUGAGAGGGUAUGUGAAUUGGAGGCAGGGAAAGGUUCUGUUGGUGUUAGCAAGGCUGUGAAUGAGGAGGUAUGGUGUAAGCUGCUGGCACACACAUCUCAGAUUGGUGCGGUUGUGGGGAAAGGGGGGAAACACAUAACGACGAUGAGAAAUAAUAGCGGCGCUAAAAUAAGGAUUUUGCCUCCUCCACAAUGUGCGGCUAUAAACGAGGAAAUGAUUCAAAUAACUGGUAGAACUUUGGCUGUAAAGAAGGCACUAAUUGCUGUGUCACACUGUCUUCAAGAUUGUCCACCCCUAGACAAAGCGCCAACAUCUUCCAGGAUGCUGACUAGUAGCCCUCCCGAUAGGGCACCCAAUGAUCUAGAGGCUGAAAAUUUUCCUCACCUUAAUUCAUGGUUACUUCCCGUGCAAGGGAAAUCACAGUAUGACGCAUUGGAUCAAACAGCAAACACUAAUGGAGAGUCUCGACCUGGUCCAAAAGAUAAAGAACUCGAAGUUGUAUUCCGACUACUCUGCUCUAAUAGAAUAGCUGGAAGUAUAAUUGGCAAAAAAGGGGCCAUAGUAAGAGCACUUGAAAGCAGAACAGGUGCUUCCAUUAUCUUUGCACCUCCUUUAAGCAAGUUUGCUGAUCGCAUUGUCACCAUUUCUGCUGUAGAGAAUCUUGAAUCUAGUAACUCUCCUGCACAAGAGGCUGUUAUUCUUGUCUUUGCUAGAAUGAUUGAAGAUCAUAUUGGAAAGGGAUUUCUCUCAGUUGCUACUAUGAAAUCACCUGUAACUGUGAGGCUUUUAAUUGCGCCAUGCAUGGUUACUUGCUUGAAUGGCAAUGAGGGUCAGGUAAUUUCAGAAUUGAGAGAAUUAACUGGUGCAGAGAUACAAAUAAUGCAAGGAGAGGAGGUUUCAUGUGUUGCUUUGGAUAAUGACAUGGUUGUAGAGAUUACUGGUGAGUACAGAUGUGUAAAAAAUGCGCUAUAUAAAGUAACUGGUAUAAUUAGAGAUGAUCUUUUUGCCAAAGGGAAACCGUCUUCUCCAUCAGGGACGUUGCUGCCACAGAAUGCAAAGGCUGGGUCAAUCUCAAAGAAUGGGAAAACCCGCAUGCAUUCAUAUGACGAUUUGGAAUUUGGGAGCAGAGGGAACGAACUUGCUACUGUAACAAAUACUACAGUGGAGAUUGCGGUUUCUGAACAUGUUUUUGGCUCUGUUUAUGGUGAAGAUGGUGGUAAUGUAGAUCGAAUUAGACAGAUUUCUGGUGCAAAUGUUACAGUCUAUGAUCCUUGUGCUUGUGAAAGUGGAGGAAAGGUCGUCAUAUCUGGGACACCUGAUCAAACCUUUGCAGCACAGAGCUUGCUUCAAGCCUUUAUCCAAGCCGGAGAAAGAACGCCGAGGAGUUAGCCUUUCCCUCUCGGAGCAGCUCAUGGAAGAUAAGGCUGCUAGUUGAUCAUCAGUUCUAGGGUUUCAGGGUUGUAGGUGACACAAGUAGCGUGUGUUUUUAAUUAUAUCACACCAAUACCUUGUUGAGUACCGAAUUAUUCAGUAUUUCUGACAUAGAUAUUGCUCUGUUGUAAAGUGUCACUCUGCUAAAUAGUUUUGUCACUCUGCUAAAUAGUUUUGGUUUAACUUUUCCCCCUUCUCUUUUAAAGUUAUACAAGAAAGAUAAGGAUAAAGAUUGAUGGUUAUUUUAUGA